AUGAGCCUCUUUUGUGUGCGCGUCGUCCUCUUGGUCUCGCUGCUGUUCCCGCCGUCCAGCUGCGCGGCGGCGUGGUCGCUGUGGCUCACGUCGCCGUCUCGCCCUGCCGCGGCAACGGAGGCCGACGCGGCCGCCGCACCGGCGCCAGGGGGUUCUCACCGCCGCGUGCAGCUGCCACCGCGUUUCUCGUCGCGGCAAAACGCAGACGCCCGUCACGGCCAGCAGGCAGCGCAGCUGCUGCGUGAGUGGGAGGAAAAGGGUCGCAUAAGCUCCUGUUGGAAGCGGGCAGUGGAGGCGCUGAAGGAGGACUGCGGCUCACUCCGCUCCGACGACGGCGCACGCAGUCGUCUGGCUAUGGCUAUGGCCGCGUGCGACGCCGCGGCAGACGGCGGGCGCCGCGCCUGGCCGCACUGCACCUCUGAAACGGGCGUGCGCAGGUGCGUCGACCACCUCGACGAUGCGCAGUACCUCGUGUACGUCCAGUACCGACUGCACACCGACGUGCUCUGCCUGUACAUCCAGGAGGAGGCGUUUCAGGAACGCACAGAGAUGGCGGUGCAGGCGCUCUACGCCGGCGCAGCCGCGGCCUCGGAGGCGCUGGCGGCGCUGCAGAGCUCCAGCAGUGAGCUGCAGGACUCGGUGCAAAAGGCGGCGGACCAGCAGGCCUCCAACUUGGUGGCGACGCGGCACCUGCACGACCAGCUGCGGGAGCUUCGCAGUGACCAAACCGUGGCGUUUGAGUCGCUGCAGGGCAGCGCGGAACGCAUCGUGCGCUCGUUGGCGGAUGCGAGCCUGCACCUGAACGAACUGCACCUGACGCUUGACGAGAGCACCGCGCAGGCCGCCGCCGCCGUGCGAGACGUGGCGCGGGAGGCGACGGAGUUUCAGCGACGCACCGAGCUUCAUGCCAGCAGCAUGCUAAACGUGCUGGGGCGAAUCGAGUCCUUCCAGCGGGGACUCCUGGAAAGUGCGAUCGGGCUUGGUGAGAUGGUGCGCGCCGCCGCCCUGCUCGUGGUGCUCCUGCUGCUUACCCUCCCCCCACGCACGGCCGCCGCCCGACGGCCGUGCGUGGGUGUGGUGGCCUUGGCGUAUGCGCUGCGCCCGUUUCUCCUUCCGGCCCCGCGGAGCGUGGUGGGCAACAACGCGUUCUUUGCCGCCGUGAUUUUUCUGGCGGCGGUGACCCUCGUCUUUUUUGCCUGCACGUACCGGUCCCCGGAGCACGCGCUGCGGGCGCUGCUGCGGAGCGAGCUGCGCCACUUCAUGGAUGACACCCGUCCCGCCUUCCUGGAAGACAUCCGGCAGCUGCUGGGCGAGGGCGUGGCGGCCGCACUGCAGCGCCUCGACGAGGAGAAGGAUGUGCAGCGACUCAGGGCGAAGGGGCAGGCGCUGCUGCUCGCCGCAGCGGAGGCCGCGACCGACGAGGCGCACGCCCCUGCAGCUGCGACGAAGGCCGCGCCAAACGUGACGCGCCGUCGAAGUCGUUCUCGUCCUCGCUGA